CAGAAGACUACUGUCUUCAACACACGAGCCUGAGCUACCUUAGCCAAGUGCCCCACAUAUUCCAGAAGGAGAAGGACAGACUUCAAGUUCAAAUCACUUCCAGAGCUGUGAGUGACUAGUGCCUUGGCAGGUAGUGCAUGCCUCAUCACUGAAAGGAUCCAAACAAGACUGCCAUGGAAGAAAAUGAAUACUCAGGAUACUGGGAACCUCCUAGAAAGCGUUGCUGCUGUGCAAGACGUGGGACACAGCUCAUGUUGGUGGGGAUGCUGAGCACAGCAAUGUGGGCUGGCCUGCUGGCCCUGCUUCUUCUGUGGCACUGGGAAACGGAGAAGAAUCUAAAACAGCUGGGAGACACUGCAAUUCAGAAUGUCUCUCAUGUUACCAAGGACUUACAAAAAUUCCAGAGUAAUCAGUUGGCCCAGAAGUCCCAGGCUGUUCAGAUGUCACAAAACUUGCAAGAACUUCAAGCUGAACAGAAGCAAAUGAAAGCUCAAGACUCUCAGCUCUCCCAGAACCUGAACAAACUCCAGGAGGAUCUAAUCAACGUCAGAUCCCAGAACUCGGAACUCUCCCAGAACCUGAACAGACUCAAAGACGAUCUAGUCAACAUCAAAUCCCUGGGCUUGAAUGAGAAGCGCACAGCCUCAGAUUCUCUAGAGAAACUCCAGGAAGAGGUGGCAAAGCUGUGGAUAGAGAUACUGAUUUCAAAGGGAACUGCAUGCAACAUAUGUCCCAAGAACUGGCUCCAUUUCCAACAGAAGUGCUACUAUUUUGGCAAGGGCUCCAAGCAGUGGAUCCAGGCCAGGUUCACCUGCAGUGACCUGCAAGGGCGACUAGUCAGCAUCCACAGCCAAAAGGAACAGGACUUCCUGAUGCAACACAUCAACAAGAAGGAUUCCUGGAUUGGCCUCCAGGAUCUCAAUAUGGAGGGAGAGUUUGUAUGGUCGGACGGGAGCCCUGUGGGUUAUAGCAACUGGAAUCCAGGGGAGCCCAAUAACGGGGGCCAGGGUGAGGACUGUGUGAUGAUGCGGGGAUCCGGCCAUUGGAACGACGCCUUCUGCCGCAGCUACUUGGAUGCAUGGGUGUGUGAGCAGCUGGCAACAUGUGAGCUAUCUGCCCCCUUAGCCUCUGUGACUCCAACAAGACCCACCCCAAAAAGUGAACCCUGACAAACUUCUGCUCGCCCUCUUCUGGAUUUCUCCUCUACCUUUAUCGUGGAAGCAGCUGGGCCCUGAGGAUACCCUAUCAGGGCCCAGGGUCCUCUCUGUGACCGAGGGCUUUGACUAUGUUCCCACCCAUACUGAAGCAGCUGGUGGAUGCCAGCUCCUGCCAGCUACCCAGAAAGCCUCUCUAGCUCUCCAGCUAAGCUGGCCAUCCCAUUCCAUCUGCCCUCCUCAAACCUGGGCCCCAGCCUUGCUAGCUCCCCGACUACGGGCAUGCAUGUGGACAGCUGAGCCAACCAGGGAGCUGCUGAGAACAGAGAUUUCGAAGGCUUCUUUUACAGCCCCCACCUCCUAUCAAGUUCCCCACUUCCUCCCCCUCGGCAUCAGAGAAUAGGGGUUCCCUUUCGCUGGGAUCUGGAAUGAGUCCUCCCAUCAAGUUUGCAUCAGUGGUCCCCAGUAAUCCGACCCUCCUUGGAGGCUGCACCAGGUGUGCUCCUGGUGCGGGAGGUAUUGAAGGAACUCUAAGCAGCUCCAGCAUGAUGAGCUUGGCUCGAUCUGGUAGGCCUGGCCCUUCUCUCCCAUUCCCUCUACCUUACUAAAGGCUCUUAGAUAACAUUCCCAAAGCUAGCCCACAAGGUCUAUUCCCUUAUUUGGCCACUUCCUCCUCCUGAGGCUGACUACAAGGUCCAGCUAUCCAAGUAUUGAAGUCUAACAAUCAAAAGCCCCCUUUGUCUCAACUAAGUAGCAUGCCCAAUCAAAAUACAGCAUCGCAUCAUAGCCCAGUCUAACAGACCACCCUUUUUCUCUUCAUAAAAUUACACCUGCAACUGGGCGUGGUGGCACACGCCUUUAAUCCCAGCACUUGGGAGGCAGAGGCAGGCAAAUUUCUGAGUUCAAGGCCAGUCUGGUCUACAGAGUGAGUUCCAGGACAGCCAGGGCUACAGAGAGAAACCCUG